CGAGAACAAUACACUGAAUGCAAGUAAACUGGCAUAACCGUUCAACACCGGUUACCGCGCAGUUGCGCCUCUAUAUUAUGCCAGCCAAGGGUCACGGCGCAAAAUGAGACCCUUUCCAAUCGGACCUGGCAAAUAACCGAUAAACUGCGCCAGCCCUCCUUGCUUUCCGGCGUGAGAGAUAGAAAGAGAGAGAAAGAGAAAAAACAACCAUGGAACCGUCACCUCCCUCACCCUCGCGCGAUCAUUGUCGUUGGACCUCAAAAGCGCAUCACGGCUUUUUUGGAGUUUCUUUUUCUUUUUUUUUUUUUUUUUCUAGAGAGGAAGUCCGCGUCGAGCGUAGUCCGGUACUGCGCGCGCGUACGGGGGUUCACAAAAAACAACAAUGCGGUACUGCGCGUUUGCGCUGGAGUGUGAAGGACGUGCGAGCCGAAUGCGUGCCACUUGACGCCGCUGAAGAGGCCGUUAUCUACUAAAGGGGGAGGGGGGGGGGCGAAUCUAAUUGGGAGCGCGCCUGUGUCUGGCGUGCUGACAGAGACCUACCUGAGUGCGCCGGAAGUGGUCCCGCGAGACGCACGCGACUAAUUGUUCGAGCUUUCGUUGGGCCGGAAUGUGGGCGAGAUGGACCACCAUUUGCCUUGAAAUCAACACCUGUGCCGCUUUGCUUUUGUGCCUCUUUGGGCGCAUUCCUGCGUCGGCUCUUUCUGGGGACAUUGGGAACGACCACCCCUGUGGGAAGCCACCGAGUGCAGGGAGGGGGGCGAAGGGGCGGGAGCGCAGGAAUCCUGCACCUGCACUGCCUGAGGCUUUCUUCUUUGGACUCGUCCGCACGCAAGGGGGAGUCGCGCCUUCGGCUGCUGCUCUCCCCCGUCGGCCGAGGCACGCGGCUGGCCGCGGCCCACUUGGCUCCGUCCAACCACUGGACGCUCAACUUUCCAUUUUGCGCCCCUCUCUCAAGUUGCGUCGCCUGAUAACUGCCUGCGCGCCGCCGAGACCAUGACGCCUGAGCCAGCGUGCGCCCGCCGCGCUCGGCCCCCCCCGGCCGACUAGCUGCCAGAGCAAAAUGUUGAAGCAGGUGCUGCUGCCUUUGGCAGUGGCCGUGGCGUGUGCCUUGAGCCUGAGCCUGGCCUGCAAUGAAGCCAUUUGUGCAUCCAUAGUGAGCAAGUGCAUGUUGACACAAUCAUGCAAGUGUGACAAACUGAACGUCACCUGCAGCAGAGACUGUUUCUACUGCCUUGACUAUCUCUACACUGAAUGCUGCUCUUGUGUAGAGAUGUGCCCGCGACAAAAUGAAACCAUCUCUCUAAGUCAUAAGUCCAACAUAGAGGAUCUGCCGGACCCGACGCAUGGGUUAUUUGCCCUUCUUACUGAGGAAGCUGACCGCUCCUUGAGAUGGCGGUCCUACACAUUUCCUGUACAUGUGGCAUUGUACAGCCCUGUGCAUGACAAAGAUAUCAAGCUGAAAGCUGUGGUGUCAAAUGGGAAUACAUCAGAAGUAGUUGAAGAGGAGGAUGUGCAAGUGAACUGCACUGUAGCAUUCAUGUCACAAUGCAUGUCGCUGAACAAGUGCAGAGAGUCGUGCCUCUCCAUGGGAGCUUCAAGCUACAGGUGGUUUCAUGAUGGUUGCUGCCAAUGUGUUGGCAGCAUGUGCAUCAAUUAUGGGAUUAAUGAAAGCAGGUGCCUCCAGUGUCCUUACUCAAAGGAGCUUAUGGACUUCGAUGAUGAGCAAGAUGAAGAGGUACCCAUUGAGGAUCCUGACAGGCACACUUACCAACAUGUUGACUACAGUGACAAUUCUUACAGUGCCAAGGAGAAGGCAGACAAUAGAAACAAUGUGGUAGACACCUCUGCUGCCGAUAACGCAAACUCUACGUGAGGACAGCACCACCAUGCCAUCUGCACAUUGCUGGUGCAAUAUAACUGUGCCGGGAGUGCGUGCCAAUGGUGCCCGGGAUCCUGUAGUCAGUGUACAUAGACUGCCAAGUGUCUCUUUCAGGUUGCCAGCCUAUGCAAGCAAGCCUGCAGCAAUUUUGGGCCACUCACAAACACUCGGACUGCAUCUCUACAAGGACAGUGCACGCGUAGUAGCCUAAUAUAUUGAACCUAGGGACCAAUUGUGUGUUGUACAGCAGACGCAUUCACUGAACAUAGUGGAAUGCAUUCUCCUACAAACAGCCCAACUGAUGCAAGUGGACUGGAAAAAUGCCAUCUUCAGUACUUUGGCAAUGUUCGUAAAGACUCAAAACCGAUUGUCUGUGCAAUGCUUUGAGCAUUGCCAGCUGGUGCAGUUUUCACAAGUCAACCGAUGCCUUAUGGCUGUUCCCAUUGGCAUCGCUAGGCUUCGUCUGCAUGUUCCAAGUACAAUACUUCAAUGUGUGUGUGUAAGCGUGCAUGUGUAUCGAUCUGUGUGUGUGUGCAAGUGUAUGUGAAGUGUGCGUAUGUGUGUGUAUGUGUGAGUGUUUAGCUGUAAUGGCUGUUGUUGUGCUACAUCUCUGCUACCUGCAGGCAGGGGGGAACAAGGCUUUUUAUAUGCUGUGACAUUGUUAUAUUUAUUUAGGAGAAAGACAGUCUGGACAGGCAAUGGUAACACGUACCUGUGAAACUUGCCACCUUGCUGCCAAAAAAUGGGCCUCAUUUGCAGACAUUACUGCAGAGCAGUGUGCUUGAGGGUCCUCUGUGACAGUCUUUGGGCGGAAUAGAUGUUCCAGUGACUCAUGACCAUUAAUCAUCUUUCACCGCCAUGCAGCAGAUUAGGUAGUCACACUCAGGGGGCAUCAAUCAGUACCAUAUUCUCACCUAACAACUUCAGAAACUGAAGGCAUGUUUAUCUGUUGUCUUACAAUAGAUUCAAUGCAGCAUGAAUGCCUCAUUAUUUGGAACUAUGCAGAGCUGUGUCACUUUAUUUCACAUGUACAAAACACAGAUUCAUAAUUUGUGCUGAGUGUGCUUUGUAAGCAGUAUUCCGAGUGUUUUUUUUCCCCAGAAUCGUCACAAAGUCCUGCAUGAAAGAAAUUGAAGCCCUGGUUGGUCAUGUAAAAAUAUGCUUGUCAUACCUCGCAGUUCUUGUGCCAGCUUGUGAUGUUCUCCCACAUGAGUCUCCACUGUCACAUGCCAUAAGCCCCAAACGAACAUGUCUGAAUGUGCAUGAAAUAUACUAUGCUUGCAUUCUUAGAGCACCAGCCAGCAUUUCACAAAUGUUUCUUGCAUUUUAGAAUGGCACUCUAAUGCAAUCUUAACAGCAGCAGCACUUGUGGUAGCCUGUUUUUAUGAGCUUUAGAUAUUUCAUGCUUAAAUUAGGUGCUGUGGUAAUGUUUAAAAAUACAAACACAUAAAGAUAAGUAAAAAACAAUUAUGCCAUCAUUGGUUUUAUUGGCUACUAUUGUGGUACAAGCACACUAGUCCUAAAAGUUGCAGUACUGAUGGAGUUGCUUUCAUUCCAUCUUUGCAUUUUAUACGUUGAAACCCAGCAAAUUGUGCUUUUUUUUGUGCGUUGUUUCUGUUCUGCAAAACAGUUAUUUUGUAAAUUUUGAUCUCCAUUAACGAUAACCCUCAUGUUCCUUCAUAAUUUGUUUCACUAAUAUACUAGAUACAAAAAAGGAGACAGCACAUACGUGCCAACAAAAUUGUUUUUACUCAGUGCAAGCAGUGUAGAUUUUGUUAUAUGAUGUGUAAUAAAAUUCUUGCAUAAUGAGCAAAA